GGGUGUUAUUGGUUUGGGAUUUAGAAAGACUUUUAGUGACUUGAUAAUAAAGGAUUUUAAAAGAUUGUUAAAAAGUUUUAUAUUAUCUUGAUGAUUUAUUUUCCAAAAUCUUGUAAAGUCUUUAAAACUUUUUUCCAUAAUCUUGUAUACUCUUGAUGACUUUUCCAAACUUUUCCUACAAAAUAUUUCCAAAAUCUUGUCCAAUUUUUAUUAACGUCUAGUGACCAUCUUCUAUCUUCUAUAUAACAUGUUCUGUGUAGGCCUGGUUUUCUUCUAUAUACUAGGUUGUUUAUCAGAGUUACAGAGGGAAUUAUGGAGAGCACCAUUGUAAGAGAGGAUGAAGAUGACGAAUCAGAAAUGGAUAUUUUGCUAUUACUACUGAAAAAUACGACGAGAGCUUACUUCACGAAUAAACGUAUUGAGCGUCCGAUUCGUAAGCCUAUCACAAGAAUUGGCUACAUUUACCUCGAGAAACUUUUGAAGAAAGAUCAUGACCGCUUUCGAAAGGUAUACCGUAUGUAUCCUGACGUUUUUUUGAAGUUAUGUGAUAUUAUCAAAGAAAAAACAUCUUUAAGAGGUACCCGCCAGACUUGUCUUGAAGAAAUGGUGGCUACAUUUUUGCUCACCAUUGGUCAAAAUUCGAGAUAUAAUUAUACAAUGGACACAUUUGAGAGAUCAAAGUUUGCUGCAAGCACAAAUUUUCACAAGGUUUUAAAUGCAUUAACCACUAUUGCACCAAGUCUUAUGGCCAAACAUGGACUCACAGUUCCAGCAAAAAUAAGAGAAAGCACACGUUAUUAUCCUUAUUUCAAGGACUGUGUUGGAGCUAUCGACGGCACACACAUUCAUGCAAUGGUGCCCGCUUCUAAUGCACCAAGCUAUCGUAAUCGGAAAGGAUAUACAUCACAAAAUGUUCUUGCUGCUUGUAACUUUGAUCUAGAGUUCAUAUAUGUCCUUAGUGGGUGGGAAGGUACAGCUCACGAUUCAAAAGUAUUAAGCGAUGCUUUAAAGAGAAGUAAGAGCAAGCUACCUGUUCCUGAAGGAAAAUAUUAUCUAGUUGAUUGUGGAUUUGCAAAUCGACGCAAUUUUUUAGCUCCGUUCAGAGGUACAAAGUAUCAUCUACAAGACUUUAGAGGUCAAGGUUGUGAUCCUAGUAAUCAAAAUGAGUUAUUCAACUUGCGUCAUGCAUCUUUGAGAAAUGUGAUCGAUAGAAUUUUUGGUAUCUUCAAAUCUCGCUUUUUGAUUUUCAAAUCAGCACCGCCUUUUCCUCUUAAGGUACAAGCAGAACUUGUAUUAGCUUGUGCUGGAUUACAUAACUUUCUUCGUAGAGAAUGUCGGUCCGAUGAGUUUCUUCCUGAAAAAUACAGUGACAACGACGAAGAAAACAAUGAGAGCCACGAAGAAAACAAUUAUGAGGAAAAUGGAGAUACGGGACCUCUCCAAUCUCAACAAAGGGAAUAUGCUAAUAAUUGGAGAGACACAAUAGCUGCUAGUAUGUGGGCAGAAGCUACAGGAACAGGGAGCAUACCAUGAAGAUCAUGAAGUUUUUAUUUUCAAAUAUUUUUCUCUUCUUUGCCUGUGUUGGAUUAAGGGGUGACAAAGAUCUUAGUUUGUUUGGUUUCAUUGUUUGUGACGAAGCUUGCUAUCUUUGGUUUGUUUGGUUUCAUUGUUUGUGACGAAGCUUGCUAUAUACUUUUGAAUCGUGAGCUGGUUUUUAUUUACCAGAGAGUUGUACUAAUUUGGUUCUUCGA